UUGUUUUAUUAUUUUUUUAAACUGAUUUUUUUUAUUACGCACACACAUUGGCUGUGUCACACAUAGAACUAUAAACCCGAAACCAAAAACCCCUCUUCCCUGUAAAACAUGCCCACUCAGAAAAGGCUGCCACAUUCUCCAAUUCAAUGGCGGACACUAGGAAGAAGAGGAAAAUCUCUCCCACCAGAAAGCUCCUUGUCAAUGACAGAGUUGAGGUUAGGAGUGUGGAAGAGGGGUUCCUGGGAUCAUGGCAUGCUGGUGUGGUGAUUGAAUGUGGAAAGCAGAGUCGUCAUGUACAGUAUGAUGAAAUUCUUGACGAUGAUGGUUCUCAAGGUAUGGUGGAAGUUGUAAAUGUUAGCCCCAUUCUUGAGGGGCUAAUUCCUGGGGAUUGUUCUACAUCUGCUCAUUGUCGUGGCAAUAUAAGGCCUUCGCCACCUUUGAUUGAAUUCCAGAGCUGGUCUCUUCACUUUGGACAGUGUGUUGAUGUGUAUUAUCAGGAUGCCUGGUGGGAAGGUGUGAUUUUUGACCACCAGGACGGCUGUGAUGAACGAAGAGUCUUCUUUCCAGACAUGGGGGAUGAUCUGAAGGCAACAAAAGACAUUUUGCGCAUGACUCAAGACUGGGAUGAGGUUACUGAAGAAUGGAAGAUUCGAGGAAAUUGGUCCCUUCUUGAAUUGCUGGAAGAAGUUGAGCUAAAUUGGCCUCUCCUUAUUUCUGUGAGACAAAUUUGGUAUGAAAUACAGAUACAAGUGGGCUUCGAAAAACUGAAGGACUGGACUAGUUCUUCUAAGGAAAUUUGGAAAGAACUAUUGGGGCAAGUUUUAUCCGCCUGUUAUAAUUUAACUCUGAAGCAAAUGCUUGAAGAAAUUAGCUCGACAGGGGAUUUCGCAGAGGAAAACCAGUUACCGGAAUCAACCAGACCUGCAUUUGAGGCUAUUCUCAAGCCUGAAGAAUUUUUUUGCAAUUCUCAAGUGGGUGUACCCUUCCAAUCUGGCUUCGGGAUGGACUGUCAUGCAACUUUACCUGAAGAUUCUAUCAAUACAAAUUCUUCUUCUCCCGAAGAAGAAAAUACUCCCCUUUGUCUGGCCUCAACAACAGCAGAUAUCUUUCUGGACCGCAGUAAUUUAAAUUCAAUACCGAGCCCUCAUGUCUUGCAAUCAAUGUAUAAUCCCAUGCCAGUAACUUCACUUCCCAAAUUUGAUGACAAUAGCCAUGUUGGUUCAGCCACAAACAUCGAAAUACACCAUUCUAUUAGAAAGCCGAAGGGGAAGUAUGAUUCUUCAUUUAAAAAGCUGAAGAAGUAUGUUUAUUCUUCAAAUGAAAGAUCAAGAUUGCAGUGGCUUCCUGCUGAAAGUUACCUGAAUCUUGAAGCUGAAAAUUGCCCUGAUUCGGUUGCUCAGUGUAUCAGCUCAAAGCGGAGUUCUCAAAAUACGGACGCCAGGAAGCAUCUCCUAUUCUUAGGGUGGAAAGUUCAGUGUGCAAGAGACAAAACUAUGACUAGGAUGCGAUACAUUUCUCCAAAGAAUGAAAUGUUCUAUUCACUUUAUCAAGCUUGCUUGGCACUGCAAUUUGAAAAUCAGUCCCCAACCAGCAGAGAGAACAAGAGCUGUAAGGUUGAUCAAACUGCAGGUAUGAUCUCACCCCAACUCACUGAGGAAUCAAAGAAACAAAUAGGUAACUCCAAAAUUUCUUGUGGUAAAGAUAUUGUAAAUGUUGAAAAGGAACAUGGUUCACAAGCUGUGCUCGAGUAUUCCCAACUUAGAAGGAUGAAGCCAACUGGCCGUCUUGAUAAGUUAAAGGAUUUAGCUUCAAAGGUGAAGAAGCACCUAUCUGUUGUUGGAUGGAAAAUCUAUAAUGUCGAUAAGAAAGGAAAGAAGGAGCUCAGAUAUACUUCUCCUUCAGGAAAAACAUUCUAUUCUCUUCUAACAGCAUGCCAAUGGUAUCUAACAGAAGUAGGUUACUCAGUUACUUGUGCUCCUUAUGGUGAACAAUUCAGAGAAAAUCAUACCCUCCAGUCGACUGGUACACAUUCAUCUUCUUCAGGGCAUAUGGAGUGCAAAAUUUUGUUUGGGGACUUGCCCAAGAAGCGUCCUGCAGAAUUGUUGUGCUACCAACAUGUUGGAAAAGGUGAAAUGGAAGUCCAUGGAAGCAGUAAGGAGCCGAAGACGAGAAAACUAGGCUUGCGACAGAAGUCCACAGCCCCGGUUCGGCCUGGGCUUCAAAAUGAAGGCCCAUCUCUGUUUGAUUCUCCCGGUUCAACUAAAAAAGGAAAGGAUCUGAAAGCUGUAUUCUCUGCCUCUGUGCUGCAACAGUCCAUGGCCACACUUACAUCAGCUCCUCAGAAUGAACACUCAUAUUUCCUUGAUUCUCCUGGUUCAAUUGAAGACGGGAAGGAUGUGAGGGCUGUACUCCCAGUCUCCGUGUUCCGUAAAAAGGCUCGGGAAGUGGUUAUUUCUUCUUCAACAUACCAAGUUCCCAGGACUGUCUUAUCUUUGUUGAUUGAUAGUAAUAUAGUUGUGCCUGGAGCAAUAGCACAUUACAAAAACAGAAAGGAUGGAAGCCGUAUGAAAGAAGGAACAGUAAGCCGUGAAGGAAUCCAAUGUACUUGCUGUCAAGAAGUUUUUACUCUCAGCAAAUUUGAAGCGCAUGCUGGCAGCACUCUUCACAGACCAUCAGCAAAUAUCUUCUUAGAAGAUGGUAGGUCCCUUGUUGAUUGCCAGAUUCAAUUAAAAGGUGAGAAUUCGGUGAAGAAAAGAGGGUAUCGACCAAAUCAAGUCCAGGCUAAUCGGUAUACGCAGGAAAAUGAUUCUAUCUGUUCCAUUUGUCACUAUGGUGGUGAAUUACUUCUAUGUGAUCAUUGCCCAUCAUCCUUUCAUACGAACUGCUUGGGUUUAAAGGAGAUCCCCCACGGUGACUGGUUUUGCACAUCAUGCUGUUGUGCAAUUUGUGGCCUGGGAAGAUUUGAUGAAGACAACAAACAACAUAAAGAUGACAAUUUUCUCAACUGUAGUCAAUGUGAACGUCCAUAUCAUUUUGGAUGCCUGAGACGUAAAGAUCUAGUUAAGCCUGACUAUCAACAAGAAGGAACUUGGUUUUGCAAUGCGAGAUGUGAACAGAUACAUUUAGGUCUCCAAAAUCUUCUUGGAAAACCAAUUCCUGUAGGGGAAGAUAAUCUAUCUUGGACAUUGCUGAAAUACAAAAAAGCUGAAGUUUCAGCUGAUAAUGAGUGUGUGGAAAGCUACAGCAAGCUUAAUGUUGCUCUCAGUAUUAUGCACGAGUGUUUUGAACCUGUGAAAGAGCCACGAAGUGGCAGGGAUCUUGUCAAAGAUGUUAUUUUCAGUCGAGAGAUACAGAGGCACCAAUUGAACUUUAAGGGGUUUUAUACAGUGGCAUUGGAAAGAAAUGAUGAGUUAAUUAGUGUAGCUACUGUGAGGGUUCAUGGAGAGAAGGUUGCUGAGAUACCACUAGUUGCAACACGGUAUAAAUAUCGCCGGCAAGGAAUGUGUCGUUUUCUGAUGAAUGAGCUUGAAAAGAAACUAAUGGAGUUUGGAGUUGAGAGGCUGGUUUUACCUGCGGUUUCAAGUGUGUUGACAACUUGGGAAACUUCAUUUGGGUUCUCAAGAAUGAACGAUGCUGAGAGAUUAAGCUUUCUGGAUUGCUGUUUACUUGAUUUCCCGGGGACUGUUUUCUGCCAGAAACUCUUAAAGGACACGCCUAAUCCUAAUGUUUUGAAGGCACUUCGAGAAGAUCCAGUGGAGCAAAGUGAAAUUCUCGAUCAAGGAACUACAGAGUAUGCACCUUCUCCCUUCCUGCAAAAUAUCUAUGCAUCUUACAAUCCAAAUUCAUUAUCAUAGUACUUUCUGCCUUUGCACUGGACAUAACUUUAGAUGAAUAAAAUUAAAUUUGGUGUAAACUGAUCACCGUGGCAUGUUUCCCCUUUCAAGUAUUUCACGAGGUUCCACGAGCGAUGUUGACCACCUUCCUGCUCCAUCUGUUGUUGUGGUAAUCUCUUUCUUCUCAACUAUAAAAAUUUUCUUCUCCCACUUACAUAACAAGUUUGUAAUGUGUGAUUCAUUUAUUUGGUUUAUACCUAUAAUUAUACAGAUGAAUGAGCCGCUAACAGAAGAGAACCAAUUACAUGAACAAGAGAAGCGGCCUUCUGAGCAAGCGAAACCCACACUGAAUGAGCCACUGGUAGAAGAGAACCAUUUACUUGAAGAAGAGAAGCAGCCUUCUGAGCAAGUGAAACAAACACCCAAUGUCGACAAAGUUUCUGCUUCAUCUGAUGUUGUGGUAAUUUCUUUCUUCUUAACUACACAAAUUUUCCCACUUUAGUCACAAAAUUGUCAUGUGUUAUUCAUUUAUUUGGUUUAUACCUAUGUUUUAAACAGAUGAAUGAUCCCCCAGAAGAAGAAAACUAUCAGAUGAAUAAGCCACCAGAAGAAGAGAACCAUUCACUUGAACCAAAUAACCAACCUUCUGAACAAAUGAAACAAACACCACUUUAUGGUCUGUUCAAUUGCCAGAAUGAGAUUACCCCGAAGUUCUUGGUUGAAACUAGUGGUAAACUUCAUGGGAAUGCCAGAGAUAACAUUUUCAGAUUCUACAAGCGGAGGAGAUUGGCUACCUGCGAAAGUUGAGCCGCUGCUUCUCCUGGAUUCAAGAGGAAAAGACAACACACAGAUUCUCCCAUGAAAUGUGUAGUAAUUACGUACCUUUUUUUUUCGGACAGAAGGAUAUCAAGUUUUGCAGACGAACUUGUGGGCUUCCAUUGUAUAUGUGACAGGUUAGGAAGAAAGGAGCCCGAAUGAGGAAAUUUGUUAAGCAUUUUGCUGACUUUUUUAUUAUUGUAUAUAUAGUUCAACAGCAGCUUGUAGAUCUCCCAUUCCAGCUGAUUUUGACAAGGAAAACGACAACAAAAGUAAUGCAAAAUUCAGUAAUUCGAUGUGAACGUUUGGACAUGCACACAAAUCAAGAAAACAUUAGUGAGUAGUAUAACUUAUGAACCUUGUAGUAACUUUCUCUAUAGUAAAGG